AUGGAUGCUCGAAAACUGUUUGAUGAAAACCCCAAAGGUCGAGAUAUAGUUACAUGGAACUCGAUUAUAUCUGGGUAUGUAAAAAAUGAACAAAUUCAUACUGCACAACAGUUGUUCGAUGAAAUGCCUGAGAAAGAUGUUGUUUCGUGGAACACAAUGCUUAAGGGUUUCCAACGGAUAAACGAUAUUGAGAAAUUGGUUAGUUAUUUCAAACAAAUGAUUAUGUAUGGAUUGAAACCUACAGAAUUCACCAUAGCAAUACUGAUUACUGCACUGUCAAAUGAGGAGUUUCGUAUUUUGAUACAACAGAUUCAUACACGUGUUGUUAAUCUUGGGUUGAAUUCUAGUGUAUUUGUUGGAUCGGCUUUGAUGAAAAGUUACAUGAGUAUGGGAUGUCCGGUUGCAAUAUAUCGCGUCUUUGAAGAAAUUUUGGUUAAAGAUGUUACCUCUUGGAAUGCAUUGCUUUCUGGGUAUAUGAAUUUAGGGUGUGUUGAUCAAGGUCGACGAGCUUUUGAAAUAAUGCCCGAGAGAAAUGUAGUUUCUUGGACUACUAUGGUUAACGGACUCGUUAACAAUAAGAAACUUGAUGAAGCUAGGUUUUAUUUUGAUGAAAUGCCUGAAAAAAAUGUGGUGUCAUGGACUGUUAUGAUCAGUGGGUACGAGCGAAAUGACCAGUUUGUAGAAGCAUUAGAAUUGUUUGUUUUAAUGAGGAGAUUGGGAUACUGUCCUAAUCAAAUUACAUUGUCUAGUGCCUUGAGUGCUUGUGCAGGUUUUUCGACUCUUGUAUUUGGGAUGCAAAUUCACACAAGCCUAAUAAAAUCUGGUCAGCCAGUUGACAUUAUAUUAUCAAGCACCCUUGUCGAUAUGUAUGCUAAAUGUGGGGAUAUUAAUGCUGCAAAUAGUGCUUUUGAGUUGAUACCAGAGAAGAAUUUGGGGUCGUGGAAUUCGAUCAUAGGAGGUUUUGCAGAACAUGGGCUUGGAGUGAAAGCAUUGGAGAAGUUCGAAAGUAUGAAAAAUGUGGGUGUUAGGCCAGAUGAAAUAACGUUGGUGCAUGUUCUGUCUGCGUGUGCACGUGGUGGAUUAACAGAUGAAGGUGAGAUGCACUUUGAGAAAAUGGAAAGAGAAUAUGCAGUAAAACCAGGGAUUCAGCAUUUUGCCUGUAUGGUGGAUCUUUAUGGGCGAGUAGGGCAAUUGGAGAAGGCUGUGGAAUUGAUAAGAAAAAUGCCAUUUGAACCUGAUGUUGUAAUAUGGGGAGCUUUGCUCGGAGCUUGUGGAUUGCAUUCAAGUCUGGAAGUCGGGUUGUUUGCUGCAGAAGAGAUGCACAAACUGGAACAAGAUCAUCCUGCAGUUUAUUCGUUGCUUACAAAGAUUCAAGGUGAGAAGGGAAUGUGGAAUCAAGUGACAGAGCUGAGGAACAUGAUGAAACAAAGUGGUGCUAGAAAGCAAAAAGCUGGAAGCUGGAUUGAGUCACCUACUUGA